CAUAUCCUCGCACAGCGAGAGGCGUGUCAUCCGGGUUUUCAACUACGCUGCGUUCCGUCGCAAGUUGUAUUAUAACGUUUUGCGUUCGGUUUUCGGCGAAGAUCUCAAACUCACGAUAUACACAUGUAUACCGACGUACGCUACGUUUGCGUUAAACGUUCGCCUACGUUGCGUUGAGUGACGUACACUUCAAUUGACGUAUCUCAUCAUGUAUCGAUAAUAUCUACCAUUGUAUCGAAGUGCGGGCGGAUAUAUCGUCGCACCUGAAUUUUAUGGUGAUACGAAAAACGAAUUUUUUUCAUUUAAACUAAAAAAAAAAAAGAAGAAAAUAUCUUCGUCUGCUUACAUCCACCCCUUUAACCGGGACCGAUGAAUUCUUCUUUUUGUUUCAGUUAGUUUUUUUCAACGCACACGCGCGUAAUCUCGCAACGUUUACCGGUGAUACGACGUGUAGAUAGAAACACGCAAUUUAUGUAAGAGAAAAGACUUGAAGAAGUGUAUUAAAAAAAAAACAAAAAAAAAAAUUAGAGUCUUUUUUCUUUUUCUCUUUUUAGGGGCGAUUCGUUAAUUGUAUAUAUAGAACGCAAUCGUCGUCCUCGUUAUGGGGGAUUUAAUAUUUGAUGAAAAAGUUUUCAUUUCAACCAUUGUCUCGUCUCGCAAAAGUUACGAGAUCGGUAAGGAGCUUCCGUAUUAUGGAUAAUUGGUUUUUUUAUACAAGAGAGAAAAAGUAAAGAAACUGACUAAAAUUGAACACCGAUAAACGGAGGAAGGAUCUUUGUCAACUGUAUUAAUCGUCGAUGAAAAAAGGGGAAAAAUCACCUGCGGAAACACGAUUUCUGAAGAGCCUCCGUCGAUUUUUUUUUUUUUGAUUUUUUUUUCCUAAUUAAUUUGUUUGUUCGGUGAAACGAAAUGCCGUACAGUGCGAUGAAUGAAUAUAAAAUGUUAAAUGUGUAUUGAAUAAUGUUUUUCAAUAAUCCGAGCUAAAGAAAUAAUUAAUUCACCUACACAUCUUUAUUUCUUCGAUCGUCGGUGAUGAUUUUUUUACACCUUUUUUCAUUCCUCUAUUUUUCAUUACCUCUUUUACAAUAAUCUAACCAGUGAUAAUUAGUUUUUGUUCUUCCCGUUUUUUGAAAAAAUGUUCAGUGUUUGAUUCGUACGAUGUGAAAAUUGGCAACAAAAAAAAAAAAGAAGAGGUAAUUUCUUCAAGAGUUUUUCUAAAUUUCGAAGAGAAAAACUAACAAAAAAAUAAACGGUUGUGAAUUUUUAUAACUUCGUCAGAAGAAAAGAAGAGAAAAGUAUAAAGAAUAAAUAAAUGAAAAUUAGUUGCAAACGUUGUUUUAAACAGUAUAACAUGCUGUACUAACGUGUAAUCCGUCCGGAAUCGAGAAAUAGAAACUAAAAAAAAAAAAAGAGAAAAAGGAAAAAUGCUGCUUCGACGUCUUUUGAGUAAUUUCACAACGAUCGAAAUGGCGCAGCCUACGGAGGGGAUGAUUUUCUCGGCGUCUACAUCGUCACCGUUGCCUUCGCCAUCUCCAACGUCUCAAACACCGUCCCUUGUAACGGCGACCAACAACAAUUCUGGUAUCACCGCAUACGCGGCUGAUACCGUCAUUUCAUCGUUCAGUACAGCGAUCACUGCAACCACUAGACCGGAUCUUCACGUUUACAACGCUACUGGCUACGUGGCCGAACACGACGAACUCGAUUACAGUAUAUUGGCAGCCUUCUCCGACAUGCAGACUGUGUUUCUAGCCUGCAUUUGCACGCUGUUACCGCUGAUAGUAGCAUUGGGAAUUGCAUUCGGAGUCAGGCACGUAUGGAGAAAAUAUCGAAACAGACGUCACAGCUCCCGCGGGCUUCCUUGGUACAAAGGUGUUUGCUCGAGGGAAGACACCGUGGAAUCUUUGCACCACAGACCGCAUUCGGGAAGCGCAAUUAUUCAACCAGCCACAAGAGUACUUUCGGCGCAGGAUCUGGUCAACGGUAUCGACGGGAACAGAUACAUAUGCGAAACCGAAGUAAUGGAGGAAAUCGUUCUCGGUAACAGUACGGAUUACAACUCCCCCGGGAAUCACGCGGUGAAAAAUGCCAACGGUAACAUCAUAACUCUAACGCUGAAGAAUAAUCACCUGAUCGUCGAGACGGAGGAAAGAGGGGUCACGAUGGAGGACGCGAAUAACCACAAAUACGACGACGGCGGCUGUUCCUUCGUCGUCGAAGUUCAACCCGAGUAUCAAAGCGACGAAGCGGACGCCACCAAGGGGUCCACCGACGACGUCAGACCCGAUUUGACGGACCAACAAGCCCUCGUUCACCGGGAGGAAGUUCCCGACGACCGCGCCGAGGCCACAGGCUUCGACAACACGAAAUUGUUCGGCAGCACGAACACGGGUCUGUCUCAAUCGGAUCUCUCGGUGUCCAGUCCGGGAUCGGCGAACCCCAGUUAUUGCUAUGGAAACCAGUUGGAGUAUCAGGCGGGUCAUUUCGGCUACCCGGUUUACGCCGGCUACGAGACGGACGAUCCUUCCAACAAGCUCGAACUAGAGGGCGGCUCGAAAUGGGUGGAAUUCGACAAAUCCCCGGACACCGACGGGACCCUGAUGCCCGACACCAAAUCUUCAAGUUUCGAGAAGAACGGCGAAUUCGACGAACAGCUGAGCGUCCAGAUUCCCGACAAACUGGAGAGCCUGCGAACGGAGUACUCCGGAUGUUCGGCUAGUUCGUCGAUGGAACAUCAGGAUUCAACGGACGCGAGUAAUUCGACGGACACGGUAAAGUCGAAUCCGAAUCUCCAGGUGAACGGUUCGACGCCGAACAAAUUAGAGAUAAUGGAGCAGAAGGCGUUGUCCCAAGAAUUUUACAAAUCGGAGGCAACGAAGCCCGUGAUAACCGGCGCCAUUUUGAAGGACGACACGGCGCAGGAGGAUACUUUUCAAGAACAACAACGGAAAUUAGGUAACGGUACCCUGACACCGGAGCACAAAAAGGAGAGAGAAUUCCAGUGUAAAUCGUUGACGGAGGGCAAUUGUCCGACCACAACGUUCGUACCUUGUCACAGACGUUCCGGCAGCAUACCGCCGAGAUUGAUUGAGGAAAAUCUGGAACUCGACAGAAAGAAAUCCCUCGAUAUCUACAGUCAGAUAAAAACAACCACCAAGAGCAUCCUGCCGGGUCUGAGUCCGAAGUUCGAAAUAUUGAAAAACGAGGUGAGUCCGAUCGAGGAAAAAAGAGAAAGUUAAUGUCAAGGCGUUGACUGAUAAAAUUAUGACGACCGAACGGUGAUUCGUAAGAACCGACAACGACAAAAAAAAAAAAACAAGGAAUCCUACAACAAAGUGAAACAAAAAACUAGAAAGUAUGUGAAAAAUGAGAGAGAAGAAACAAAAAAAAAAAACUUACAGACGUAAUACAAAAUGGACCAACUUUAUCGUGAUCUAAAUUUAACGGAUUACCCAUACCCAGGAUUUCAGACUAGUCAAAUUUUCUGAAAAUUCAUUCGAGUCCCGCCGAGGCGAUACGAAGAAAUAAAAACUACGAUAAAAGCAAAAAAAAAUAGCACAAAGUUUCCCCCGCAGGACCGACAAUGCAUGUUAAUGACUGAACCGGAGCUUUUAAUGCGCCCCAGCAAAGUCUCUCGCAGUUCCGACUGGCAUCGGACACAACCGACGAAAAGUCGACCGUCUCUACACAGGUAUGUGUACACUUACAUCGUACAUACCUGUAUAAAUUUUCGUUGCUCCACGAGAACAAUUGCGAGCUAACGAACGUAAAACGCGAGUUGACGCCUUUCUAACGUCUCUAUACUGAAUACUGCACAAAUUUUCGUUGUUAUAAGUCACGUCUGCGAGCGUGUUUUUUUCGCUCAAUUUUCAAAGUGAACGAAAGGGAGAAACAAAAACCUCCAACCAAAAGCCCGUGCGGUCCGAUAAAUUUCAAAUUGUAGAAAUGUACACGCGAUAUCAAAUCUUACGAAUAAUUACGUUGUACGCCUCAACAGAAAAAAAAUAAGAAGUUAUCAACUAAACACCGGAGACGAAUGGACAAAAGAUAAUAAUCAAAAGACGAAGAUGAAGAAGAAGGUUUUCAUCUUGCUUCAUUUUCAAUUCUUCCUUUUACUUGCCGCAAUUAACGAUAAUUAUACACACGUACGAUCGCGUGUACAUUACACGAAUACAUGAAAUGCACCGAGUUUUAUCAGACAAGAAUUUUAUAGCACAAGAGGAAAUAACAGGGGGGGGGGGGGGGGGGGAAUGCGGUAAAAACUGGCGAAACUAUACGAUAAUAAAAUAAUUAGGGGGUAAGAAUAAAUCGAAGAGGGGCAGGUGUCUGUCUGUCCAGGGUGUCCCAUUCGAAGGAACGCAUGAAAACAUCGACGAAUAAAGAACAAAAGGUCGCUCCAAGUCCAGGGUAAAGAUGUAGAGGAGAAAUAAUGAGGCACAGAAAUUGAUGAUUCCAAUUCGGCGUAAUUGCAAGCUUAGGCAUUGCAGAUGUUAAGAAAUAUUUCUAAUUGCGAUUCGUUAAUUUUCUCACCUUGAACGUACCUCGAUAAUGACGCUGAUAUUAUACAAUUGAAACCGCGUUCGCAUGGCCGAGAGUCGACAGGGCGUCGAAGAUCGUCAUUCCCUCCGUGGAUCACCUCCGAGACGCUCCGAAUACGACAAUAAUUUUCACUCACAGAUUUUAAUAACUCAGAUUUUAUUACACACGUCUCAACCACUCCGGCCUAAUUCUUAGAGAGAACUGAGGAAUCGACCGGUCGUCGAAACUUGUAGGUAUACUGUUUACGUGAUUGUUAGACGUGAAACGGAGCUAACGUUGGAAAAUCCUCGUCUCGUGACCCGGCAGAGGUGAAACUAUGUAAACAUACGACGCGCUCCCUUCGUUCCGUAUUGACGACCGUCGGACAUAGGCGUUGUACCGGAGAAAAGAAAGUUUUUCGAUGAAAAAUUUAUUCUCAAUAUCGACUCGAUAUCAAUUUUUUGUUUUUUUUUUUUUUUUUCUUCCUCUCCACUCUUUUCGAUUGGACUCUUUGGGUAAAUCUCGAAAUAAUAAUAAACUAACAGUAUUAAGACUAUCUAAGAUAAUUACUCGUAAGAAAUUACUAGAUGAUACGGAAAAAAAGAAAAAAAACUCUCAAAAAACUCAAAAAAUAAACCAUGAAAUCGAUAUUAAUUGAUUGAUCGGGUCGUAUUAUAAUUAUAUAGUAUUAUCACUACGUAAAACGCAGGCUUAAGAUAAAACACGGCGUGGAUUCUAGUGCCAAAAUAGUUCCUUAAGAUUAAAAAUUAAAGAAAAAAAAAAAACAACUAAUAACACGAUAACAUAUAUUAUUGUAAAAUACUACUAUCAUUGAAUAGUUGCUGUUGUUAUUAAUUUCUAUAAUUAUUGUCGUCGAUUUUUGUUCUCUUCCUAUUAUCAUAAAUUAUUAUAUAUUAGUUAACUAAGUACGCGUUAUGAAAAAUUUCAAAUUUUAUACACUCUAUAUUAUAUCUAUAUACAUGUUAUAUGAUUACGUUGAAUAUUAUUGUAUAAUAUUAACAUACUGUCGUUGUUAUUGAUAUAUAUAUAUAUAUUUAUGUGUAUAUACACCUCGUGUAUAUUUCUCUCGAUUAACGAUCGUUGAAAGUUAUUUGAUCCUGACUAUAGAAAAAUAGGACAUUUCGUUGUAGAUUUUGUUUCGAAUGUCUUUAUAAUUAAUACGAAAUGUAAUUAUUUCUUUCCCCCAUCUUCUUUUCAUUUCGCGUGAAAAAGAGAGAAAAAAAUGGCUGUUCAAAUUCCUAGUUUGCAACGAUGGUGAUCAUCCGUUCCUUAUAAAUUAGAGAAAGAAAAGCAGCAGAUUCGUCAUAAGACUUAGCUCAGAUAAUUGUACGUUAAUAGAAAAAAGAAAAACGAAGAAAAAAAAAAUUUAUCGAGUUACGAAAAAAUUCAAACCUUAUCUUUUACCCUCCGCACCAUUUUACGGGUUAUCCUUUCCGUUGUAAUAUUUUUUCGAUAAGUUUUUCCUUUUAUUUCUUUUCAAUUUUGUCACUUAAACUUUUCUUUUGCUUUCUUUUUACUUGAUGAUUAUGGUUAUUUGAAAUGGUGGUAAACGUAUAAUAAAAUGACACUACUAAUGCGUAUGUACAUCUAUCAUAGUAGCCUGUAAAACUGAAAAAAGCAAAAAUAACCCAAAAAAAAAGAAAAAAAAAGCACUAACUAGAAAAAAAAUUGAAUUUAUCGUGUGUUUCGAUCACUCACACAUUAUAUAAGCUGUGAAAUAUCAUUAUAUGUAUAUUAUAAAUUUAGUAAAAUCUUUUUGUCUGUAAUUAGGUGGAAUCAUAAGAAUAUGAUAGUAUAAUGAUAAUCGUGGCGAGCGAUUAAAAAUACAUAUUAUCCCUAUUUAUAUUAAUACAAAUAUAAUCUGUGUGUGUCCGAGUGCAGUUCGAAUAGUAGAUUUUUAUAUGCAAAAAAUCAUGAGAAUAAUCAUGCUCAAUUUCAUUUAUACAAAUUUUUUGUCUUCAAGAUUUGAGAUUAAUUUUUGUUCUUCUUUUUAAUUUACCGCUGUUUUGAAAAUAUGUCACUCAAUUCACAAUUACACACGCACAUAUGUACAUAAAACUACAUGCACAUUGAAUUAUAUUAUCUACGUAAUUAUCGAAUCAUAAUUUUCUUCUUUGGUUGAAAAGAAAAAAUGAAAAUUUAAUUUUCAUCAUCGCCAACUCAUCGAGAAAUCUUGGAUACUUUUAAUGAAAUCAUAGACCUCGUCUAGAAUAGUUGAGAAAAAAUGUGAUGCGAGGUUGGAAGAACGAGAACGAAUUAAUAGAGAAAAAAAAAUAUAAACUGAAAAAAAAAUUAAUGGAUAAAUAAUCAAAAUGUGAAGUUCAGAUCGAACGUAAAUUUUUUCCCCCAUUAAUUGCUUCAAUUUUAUGGGCGCGAUGAUAAUUUGGAUAAAAAAAGAGGAGGAAUAAAAAAGCAGGGGUGUAAAAAUAAAAAAGAAAAACAGAACAAAUAAAAAGGAUAAGAAAAUUAAGAGAAAAUUAGAAAAUAUAAAAUUCACAAACCCCCUCGUAUAAUUUGACGAAAAUUUUUCUUUCGUUGUCCACCAUUUAAAGUACAGCAGAGUCGAAAAUCAAAUUAAUGUGAAAUAUGAAUAGUAAUAGAGAAGUACCUAUAAAUCCCAUAGACGGGUGUGGAUAGUAGAUAGCCGUAAAGGGGUAAUAUAAUCUAUCGACCUAUAGUCGAUAUAGGCAUGAACCUAUAAACAUCGUAAAACAAUUAUACUUCGAAAACUAGAUAAUAUAUAUUACUAGUAAUUAUGUCAUUUAAUUGUUAGCCUGAAGGGGGCUGGCCGUACGCUAAUUUAUCAUAUUAUGCUGUAAUAAUGAAACAAUGCACGUAUAUACCUAUAUAAGAUAUUACAUAUACUAAUUAUAUGGAUAUUGUAAGAUGAUCAUUACGAUUGAUAUUAUUAUUACUAUUAUUUUUACUGUCAUUAUUAUUAUUAUUAUUAUUAUUAUUGUAAUUCAAGUGGGUAAACGUGUAACUUGAUACAUAAAUUAUAAUAUAACAUAACAUAGUUCGUAAUUAAAUUUUAAGCAACAGAGCUUAACCGCUCUAUCACUCAACCGUUCCAUAUGAUGAUCAAUUAAUUGCAAUCUUAGUUAGUAUGUUUAGUAAAGUGGGUUUAGUGUGAGUUACUACCUAUGAAAUUUUCCCCGUCAGAAUCACGGGCUUAAAUUUUUGCGGUAAUUCACAUUAACAAUUAGUCUGUAAGCUCCAACAUUUAUACGAAGGAAAGAGAGAAAAGGGGGGGGGGGGGGG